AACAAUCGCAGCGCAGAAUAAACUGUUCGUGUCGCGUUUUACGCUUUAUAAUACGCCGCUACGCGACGCGUUAGACUUUCGCGAGGGGUUUAAUAAUAACGAAAGUUAGCUAUAAAGUAGAAAACGCCUGGACGUGUCAUCAAUAACAGCAGGAAGAGAGAGAGAGGGGCAAAGAGAGUAUAUGAAAAUAAAGAAUAACGCGCAUUAAUGACACGGCAAAUGCACGCGGGCGAUAAAACGGCUCAAAGUGCACGCGUGCGUCUGACGCCAGCAAUAAAGCACGUUUAUAUUUCCACGAGCGUUUGUGUAAUAAUGCAGAAGGUUUAGUGCAUUCGCUUCUGUAUGUAGGAAACGACAGGAACUGGCCGUGCGAAACAAAACCUCUCUCGAUCUGAUCUCAGUCCUGCGAUCUGAUCCAUCAUUCACUUUACUCAGUCUGAUUUAUCACUUAUUAUGACGAGCUUUAUCAGGCCUGUGUCUUUGAAUUAAUAGAGAAUAUUAUUCCUGCUCCGCCAUCUUGAGAAACUGCCUUUAAAACACAUUAAAGAAAAGUCUGAUGUGUGAUAUUAGAUCAGACUUUAAUGCUUCACACUGCGUUCUCUGACAUCUGUGAGCACAUUUCAGCGUCGCAGAUAUUUCAUGAACAAUAGCAGCGCGGUAAUGUCGACCUGAUUCAUUUCACCUCAUUCAUUGGAAACUCUUUUAAAUUUCUAACAUCAGCAGAAAUUCAUCGAAAACAUGAAAUAAGAGGCGAAAAUAUAUUUAGAUAUAAACCCCGACGCGUCUAUUAUACAUGGUGUGAAUUCAAGGUUGUUUAUUUGAUCAUCAUCGUCGCCUAUAAAUAUAAAUCGGUCAAAUAAAACUGAUGUUUAAAAACAUAAAUACGCGUUGACAUAUAACAGUUAAAAUACUAAAGUAAUCCUCACUCGCGAGCUCAUUUUAUGUCAUCGUUGUCAAUGAAAUAGAAAAUAAUAUAAGAUAAACACAAAUAGCAACAGCGGCUAAAAUCAACACGGGGGCAGACGCAAGACUAAUAUUAACUCUGAAUUCGGUGUUUAAUGCAGGGUUAUGUUAACAUGAAACCAAACGUGCGAUCCGUUUUUAAAUGACAUAAUAAAUGAGAAUAUUGUGAUGAUUUCAUUGUUGUAUAGAAGCUGAAAGUUUGCAGCGCAGUGAAUGAGAUUGAGUGACGUCAGCGCCCUCUGCUGACAGCACUGGUGAACGACACACAGUCUGCAGGCCUCGUGCUUCUGCACGUCUUGCGUGUAAUUUUGCGUUAUAGACAUCGAGGUGUUGGAUUAAUACAAAUAAAUAAGAGUGGAUAAAUCGCACAAAACCAACAACAGGUCGGGUUGAUAUUAUAUACUUUUCGAUUAAUCAUCUUAAAACCAAAUUACAUUUAGUAUACAUUUUUGCCCUUCAUAUUUAUCAUGUCAGAUAAUUAGAUUUCUUUUGAUUUUGGGUUGAUAACAUAUUCUAGAUAUUAGAUUUUGUAACUAGUAUACAUACAAAAACAAAGAUGACUGUAGGAUUUGUAUAGUUUUGUUAAGUUUUUGUAUUUUGUUUUUAAUAAUUGUUCAGUAAAUGUUGUAUAGACAAUAAAGCUGUGCACGGGGGAAACAAGGACAGAUUUGUUAAAUUAAACAGAAAAACAAACUACAGAACAAAAACAAAGUUUGUACAUUUCUGUGGAGGAGAUUUUUAGCAGAAUAUAUUUGCUAAUUGAUUUGUAAUUAUAUAGAUAAGGUUUGGUGUUGAUGAAGAGUCAGAGGAGUUUUUUGGAAACACUAAUGCAGAGGAACACACAGACACUCACACACACACACACACACACACACACCGAGCUGUUGACAGAUGUAAAUGUGUGGGGUUUAAUAUGGUGUUUCAGAUUAGUUGUGAUGGAGGCAUCGGGCCCAAGUGCGGCCGCUCCAGAGUUUGACGUGUGCGGGGCGAUGGAAUGGACGGACGGGGUGGGAACACUGCCUGGUAGCGAACUCAAGUUCCGGGUGAACGAGUUUGGGGUUCUGGAGGUCAUAACAGAUGAGAUGGAUGGCAGAAGAGCUCACGCCACCACCACAUGGACCGUUCCCACUGCACAAGAAGGUGAAACACAUCCGGAGAAUGUCAUGUUGGAUUUACAUUCAUGAGCUGACACUUCACCGUAGAAACUGAAUGACACUUCCAUUGGGAGUAAAGAUCUCUUCCUGAGGGGUCCGUGUCAAAGGAAGAGUCGUCCUGGGCCCAGAGAGGCCUGGUGUGUGUCCGCUGUAACAGGAAGGGCUCUGUGGUGGACUUCCUGUCUGACCGGCUUCACUGCAGUGAGCGCUGUCAGCAGCAAACUCAGCAGGAAGAGCUGAAGAGAGAAACAUCCGGAACAAACGGAGAAAUGUCUGGAAGAAAGCGUCCUCGCCCGGCGGCGUCUGAAGAUGUGGAGAGCUCAGUGGAGGCUGCUGAGGAAGACGAUGAAGAUUAUGAGGAGAAAGAAAGCAGACGGCCGGCGCGCGGAGCUGCGAGAGGUCGCAAGAAACGCAGAGGAGACACAGCUCUGCUCAGAUACACAGUUCCGUACGGAGGCAAGAAGAAGGUUUGGUGCUGGGCUUCAUACCUGGAACAGGAGAGAGCCAUCGCGGCCCCCACCAAACUCUUCAAAGAGUAUCAGGCUUUACCGCAGUGUAAGAAUGGCUUUAGGGUGGGCAUGAGGAUGGAGGGGAUCGACCCUGAACAUCCGUCCAUGUACUGCGUUCUCUCCGUCGCUGAGGUGUCAGGACAUCGAAUCAGACUGCACUUUGAUAAAUAUUCAGAGUGCUAUGACUUCUGGGUAAACUGUAACUCUCCAGACAUUCACCCAGUGGGAUGGUGUGAGAAAACCGGACAUAAAUUACAUCCACCGAAAGGGAUGAAGGAAGAGGAGUUAAGCUGGUCUUCUUACAUUAAAGUCAAUAAAAUCCAGACGGCACCGAAAGCUCUCUUUCAGAAUCAGAACAUGACGGUGACGCCGUCCGGCUUUAGAGUAGGUAUGAAGUUGGAGGCCAUCGACAAGAAGAAUCCAUCAUUCAUCUGCGUUGCCACGGUUACUGACAUGGUGGACAGCAGAUUCCUGGUGCACUUGGACAACUGGGAUGAAACUUAUGACUACUGGUGUGAUGCCACCAGUCCGUAUAUUCAUCCCAUCGGAUGGUGUCAGGAGAACAACAGGACCCUCACGACUCCUCCAGGAGACCCUGAUGUGAAAAACUUCUCGUGGGAGAAAUACUUAUCAGAGACGGGCUCAUUACCAGCGCCUGCUCGAGCCUUUAAAUCUAGACCUCCUCACGCCUUUCAGCUGAAUAUGAAGUUGGAGGCGGUCGACCGGAGGAAUCCUGUUCUCAUCCGAGUGGCAACGGUGGUGGACACGGAUGACCAUCGACUUCGGAUUCAUUUUGAUGGCUGGACGGAGGAUUAUGACUAUUGGAUGGAUGCAGACAGUCCAGACAUUCAUCCUGCUGGCUGGUGCGCUAAAACUGGACAUCCACUGCAGCCCCCUGUCAGUGUUCAGGACAUGUUGGAGGUGUGUGAGCAGAGCGGUUGUCCCACCCCAGGCUGUCGAGGAGUGGGACACAUCAAAGGAGCUCGAUACUCUGGACACCACAGCGCUGUGGGCUGCCCGUAUUCUGACAUCAAUCUUAAUAAAGACUCGGUUCUUCCUGAUCGCUUGAGUGGAGAGAUGCCGGGAACUGGAGCGGGUCGCCCCCGCAGAACUGAACCUGGCCCUGAUGUUCCUGAUGCUGACAGUAAUGAAAAAGCUCUCACUUGUGCCCCGGCUCACCCGGAUAAACCCGCCACCGCUGCCAUGGAAACGGCAGUAAAGAAGCCUGUGGGCUCAGAAACCAAACGAAGGGUGGGCAGACCAUGUAAAGUACGGAAGAUUGAAGAGCCGUCACAUGAGGACGAAGUGGAGAGCGUGAGGUCAGCGGUCAUUGAAACCAAAGAAGAGUUGAGUCUACAGCAGGCUCUGCAUCAGUCAGUGUUUAUGCCGUGUUCGGGCUCAUCUCCCAGCAUGCCUCAGUGUUGGGAUCAGCACGGUAAACUGCUGCCAUCAGUCGCAGGCAUCACAGCCAGUAAAGUGUCAGCGUGGAGCGUGGACGAGGUGAUGGAGUUUAUUCGAGGUCUGCCGGGCUGUAUGGAGCAGGUGCGCACAUUCAGAGAGGAGCAAAUCGAUGGCGAGGCGUUCCUGUUACUGACGCAGGUGGACCUGGUGAAGAUCCUCAGCAUUAAACUGGGACCGGCUCUGAAGAUCUACAACUCCAUUCUGAUGUUUAAAACAACAGAGACGUCUGGCUGUAAUGAACUCUGACCUCAUGAUGUCAGCCGAACCUAAGGGCUGCUCGUGAACAUUCACAACGUAUGAAACAUUUACAUGUUGUUAGAAUGAACUGAAGAAAUACUAAAUACUUCAAACAGACAAUAGUUUCUCAUCAUUCAUUACACUGUGCGUGUGCGCGUGUGCGUGAAUGUACACUAGAAGAGUAUCAUGAAGUCUGGUGCUAAGCCAAUGCACAUCCACACACCAUUUCUCUGAUUAUCUGAUAUUCAUCUCUGCUUAAAUUGAUUAUUCUGAAUGAUUUUAGGAGGAUUCUACAUUAUAGUUUCUUUUUUAGAAAGUGUGCGGUGUAUUCUCCGGUAAGAGUUGUUUGUCAUCCAUCAGUUCAUGUUUGAAUCAUUUCAUAGAAAUUUAAAGACACACACUAGACUGCUAGAUCUCAUCAACACAUUCAGAUGUAAAAAUCAUGUCGAUCAUCAAUUUGUUGGAGAAGUUCUUUUCUUGUUUGGGCAGCAGUUUGGGAAAAAUAAAAGGUUCAAACUAUGGCCCUGUAAAUGUAUAAAGUAAAAACUGAACAUUCAUCUUCAUCAGCAGAGGGUUUACGUUUGAAUAUCCGAGUGACAGAUAAACACAUUGAGCGUGUUUCAUGUGCUUCAGUCAUUACUGCACACGUUUGCUGUGAUGUCAUACACGCAUGUGUGUGUUGAGCUCAAGAAUCAUUUUGAUUUUUUUGUUAAACAAGUAGAAGUGAAGGUGAUCUGAGAUCUCCAGGUACAAAUAACUGACAAACAUAUUUGAUAAGAGAGAAUGUUUAUUUAUAGAUUAUGAGGAAAAAAUCUAAUCUGUGUCAUCUGUCAUUUCUCCUUUAAAAUCAAAUGAUGAGUGUUUGUGUUAAUGAGACUUCUUCACAAAUUGAAUGUUUAUUUAAAACCAAUUGCUGAUAAUCUGCUCUUCAUGUGGACACAUGUAAUAACACAUCUGAUCAGUAUUAUAUUGAACGAGAGCCUUGAUAUUUUGGGUGUUUUCCUCUUGUCGUACGAGCCAAUGAUGAACAGAUUGUUUUGGAUUUUGAGGGGUCUUGUUUGUGAAAAAUAAUAUAAGCAUGUAAAUAAGAAAGUUGAGCUCAUUGGUGGUUGUAAAAUUAAACUUCACUGUAAUCCAUUUACAAAUAAAUAAAGAGAAACUUGAGAUGAAAUAAUGUGUCAACAUAAUGCAUUAUGAAGAGAAAGUAUGUGCAAUAUGUUAAACCCAUUGUAAAUGUACUUAUUUAUUUUGUCAUAAAUCAUUUUUGUAGAUAUAACUACCUUGGCAGUUGAUCUGUAGUUCCCAGCAUGCCUUGUAUCUGAUUGCAUUAGAAGACCAAUUUUCCAGAUGAACUGUCAUUUUAAGUGUUUUUCAGUAAAAAGAAUAACACUUGUUCUUGUUUUGUGUUGAUUUAACAGAGUUCUGGUAUUAUUUUCAAAUUUUGUUUUUUGUAGUAACUGUUGUUCAGAAGAGCGGUGCUUGUGCCUCGGCCGAAGGAGAAACAAUGUGAGUCAUGAAGUGUUAUUUCACGUAUUAAGCUGUAACUGUGUUAAUGACAGUACGGAGACCACCAGUCACUUCUCACUUUACCAUCUAUGUUGUAAAA